GCUGCUGUGCGCGCGCACGCGCCUUCCCCUCUCCUUCCUGCUCCUCUCCGUCUCCUUCACCACCGACCUGCCGGCCGGCCGACCGACCCAGCAGCGCCAUGCGGCUGUGCGGGGCGCUCCUGAAGAGCCCCAUCCCCAAGCAGAUCGAGUACUACUCCCGCUUCUCCCCGUCGCCGCUCUCCAUCAAGCAGUUCUUGGACUUCGGACGUGAUAAUGCAUGUGAGAAAACAUCAUAUAUGUUCCUGCGGAAAGAACUUCCUGUGCGGCUUGCUAACACUAUGAGAGAAGUCAACUUGCUGCCGGACAACUUGCUGAAUAGACCUUCAGUUAAGCUAGUCCAAAGCUGGUAUAUGCAGAGCUUUCUUGAGCUUUUAGAAUAUGAAAAUAAAAGUCCUGAAGAUCCACAUGUUUUAGAUAACUUUUUAGAUGUCUUAAUUAAAGUCAGGAACAGACACAAUGACGUUGUUCCUACCAUGGCCCAAGGAGUGAUUGAAUACAAAGAAAAAUAUGGCUUUGACCCUUUUGUCAGCAGUAACAUCCAGUAUUUCCUAGAUAGGUUCUACACCAACCGCAUCUCGUUCCGCAUGCUGAUUAACCAGCACACACUACUUUUUGGUGGGGUCACUAAUCCUGCUCAUCCCAAACAUAUUGGAAGUAUUGAUCCUACGUGUAAUGUAGCUGACGUAGUGGAUGAUGCCUUUGCAACAGCUAAGAUGUUGUGUGAACAGUAUUAUCUGGUAUCACCCGAGUUGGAAAUUGAAGAAUUCAAUGCUAAAGCACCGGGCAAGCCUAUUCAAGUAGUCUAUGUACCCUCACAUCUGUUUCACAUGCUUUUUGAAUUGUUCAAGAACUCAAUGCGAGCUACAGUGGAGUUAUAUGAGGGUAAAAGCGAAGGCUAUCCACCAGUUAAAACCUUAGUCACUUUGGGUAAAGAAGAUCUAUCAAUAAAGAUAAGUGAUAAAGGUGGUGGUGUGCCACUGAGAAAAAUAGAUCGCCUAUUUAACUAUAUGUAUUCAACUGCCCCCAGGCCUAGUUUGGAGCCAUCAAGAGCUGUACCUUUGGCUGGCUAUGGUUAUGGUCUACCAAUCUCUCGUCUUUAUGCUAGAUACUUUCAAGGAGAUCUCAAACUUUACUCAAUGGAAGGUGUGGGUACUGAUGCUGUAAUUUAUUUGAAGGCUCUUUCCAGUGAAUCAUUUGAAAGACUUCCAGUUUUCAAUAAGUCAGCCUGGCGACAUUACAAGACCACCCCAGAAGCUGAUGACUGGAGCAACCCUAGCAGUGAACCCAGGGAUGCUUCCAAAUAUAAAGCGAAUCGAUAACUCACCAGUGUUUUCUACCUGGAUGGCAACACUUACGUUCAGAAAUGAGUCUCUGCUUUGUUCCAAAUCCCAAAAUCCUCUAAUCCACAGUAGUCAAUAUUUCCCUAGAAAGACCUGUUAUGGGACUGAAAUAGCAAGAACAGAGGAGAUUUUCAAAGACUGACAUCAUGCAUUUUUGGUGUGAAUUAUUAUAAAUACUUUGCCAAAACAUGCUUGGUUAGUUGAGUCACAAGUGACAAAAUGGAUUGCACUGUGAUUGCAGUUAGAUUAUACAAUUGUAUAGUUAAAAGGGUACUAUUUUUUAAAGGUCGGUUUCUAGUCCUUUGUAAGAAUUGGCAAAAUUGUUUUGACUCCCUAUUUGACAGUAGUGUCUUACACAGCAAUAUAAUGUAACACGCAUAUUCUACUGUAGUUGAAUGUGUGCUUAAACUCACAUUGCUGCAUUUUUAUAUGGUACUGUGUAAUCCUACAUUUAGAAAACAACUAUGGGAGCUCUUCUGGUCUUGUCACCAAAACCAGUAUACAUGCUUAGUUCUUUCAAAAGUUAUUGUACUUCAAAGUGAUUCUUUCCACAAUUCUAAAAGUUCAUUUCUUUAGUGUUUACCAAACUUUCUUGUAAAGCACUAAAACUUUGCAAUAGCUGUCCUGAGGUGCUUUCUUUUUUAAAUACCAUAAAGAACAGUAGCAUGCUCAUCAGUUUUGGGUACCUGAAACAAUUGCUACUGACCAGGAAGAGAGAAUUAAUUUGGAAUGUGAGAUUCAGCACAACAAAUAUACUUUGUUGUAGGGAAGCACAUAAAGAAUCAAGCCAGUAAACAUUUGGGGAUCCAGCUAGAUACUAAAAGGAGGUUGGCUUUAAGAUAUUGGUCGUUUCAAACCCAUUUAAUAGUAAAACUAAAAUAAUUCGUAAAAGGAUUUUAAAAAUGAUGUGAAACCUUAGUAGACUAAACAUUUGAGACACUGAAAAUAACUGUCUUUUAAAAAAAAGGUUUCUUCCAAGAAAGGGCAUUAUGCUGAAAGCUGAAGACCUGCUUGAACCGAGUCAUUGUCCCAACCGCUGCAUCUGAUACUAAGGCUCUAAAGAGCGUAGAAGCAUGGGUUCUGGCAACACCUUUUGACAGGAGCAAAGCUAGAGUGAGGAGUGAGGGUAUCAGAACACCAAAAUACAUUCCUCGGUGUCUGUGUAUUAUAUUUGUAUGUGAAUUGUUUUGACAGAAUAUGAAACAGAAUUUCUAAUUAAAUGCAGUUUGGUCUGUAAGGAAGACAAAGAGAAAGUUAUGUUGACUUAAAUUUUUAAGUAGCUGGUAAAAGCUUCUAUACUAUUCUUUAUUCAAACACAGUAGAAUGCUUAAUUGGCAAUUAAAUCUGAGUACCCCAAUUCCAACUGAGACAUCUGAAAAGCAUUACUCUUAAACUUACUGGGUUUGCAUACCUUUGCAUCAGUGGCUAUUAUAUGCAUGAAUUUUAACCAUGUUUAUGACUGUUUGCAGUGUUUGCACUUACAUGUCUUUCUGAGCAAUAUGUUCAAUCUUUAAACUCUAAAAAAUAUCCUCAUACAUGAGAUCUAUGUACAUUUUCAGUGACUCAAAAUUCAAUUGUCAAACUGAUAAAAUUACAAAAUAUAAUAACUGCAUACAAAUAUGACCAGCAUAUAGAUCUCCUAGUUUAUUAGUGUGUAAAGACUGCCACUCUUAUUUGGAAGUCAUAUCAUGGUACCUUAAUCUAACAAUGAGGUGGAUAGGAUUUGCCAUCAAUAAGAUGUUUGUUAUUUCUUAGCUUUUAACUUGGGCAUGAUAGGAAUGGAGUAGUCAUUAGAAGGUAUAUUGGGGGGGGAAUCAAUUCAGUAAUGAGUACAAUUAGAUUAGAGUCAAUUAUUGCAAAAUAAUUCCAAAACACCAAGCAACAACAGUAAUAAUACUUAAGCACAUUUUGAGUGUUCACAAUGCUCUGCAUACUUGAUUUCAGUAAAAUGUGGCCAUGUAGUUACAGUAACUCAAGCAGUACUUGUACCGUCCUUAUUACCACUGUGUCUUACCCUUGGUAAGUGAGACAAGCCUAUUUGAAAGCCCUGGCUAGACCAUUCUUACCAAACCUGCGAUUAAUCCAGUGGUGCAUUAUCUGUUUCUUGAUUACAGGAUCAAAAAGACCUAUUGGAUCCCAGAUAAUGGGAUCAGUUUCUUCCUCCCAAUGUUACAGGCUUAUUUGCAAAAUGGUGCAUUAGAGUUGAUGCCUGGGGCCCUUGGUGGCUAAGGAGACUUUCCUCUCUAUCACUGCUCAGUUGUAGACACUCUAUGUUGUCCCCAGCAGUGAACACUAGUGUCUAAUUCUAUGCUCUCGUGUGCUGAUGCAGCAGCUAAUUAAGUAGGUCUGUAAAUCACAUUGACUUUGCAUAAUAAGCUAGCACAUUGAUUAGAAGAGAGGGGCAAAUUCUAUGAAUGUUACAAGUAAGUAUGCUUGGGGGGAAAUAAGGGGGGGUAGAAACGGUUACAAAUGAAUCAACACACAUUGAAUUCAAAGGGAUUGAAGAAUGGAGUCUGCUGAUAACUUUUUCUUUUUUCUAAUUAUGAUUUGAAAGUCACUUUAGAGUGAAAUAAACUGAGAGGAUCACUAACACUGAAAGAUUUUAAAGCAGGAAAUGUAUCCCUUUAUAUCAUAUAUAUUCCCUUAGGAAGCCACAGAAAUACUGAUGGCUUUAGCAGUUUUAAGUAGGCACCUUCUGCUCUUCCCUGACUUCACUACACUGUGAAGUAUAUUGGAAUAUAUUGACUGUAAAGAAACCUUACAGAGCGGUUUCUGGGGAGGAAUAAAAGGGAGCUAUUGUCUCGAAGAGAUUUAAACACACAAGUAUGUUUUUCUCCUGAACAGUUAAUUGAAGGAUUUAGAUUAAUCCAGCAGCCAUGUCAAAAUUGAGCUUUGCCGCAGCUGUGUAAAAGACACUCACUGAAACAUACAGUAGUUGCAAAUGGCUUACAAACUACAAAAUUACUUUUAAAAAAAUGAGAGAUAAAUAUUGUGCCCAUUUUAUUUCUAACAAAUAAAUAAGGCUGCCUUAAACUUCAAAAUAUACCAGUGAGGUAAGCAAUAAAACUGGUUCUCUCAUCCAGCUUCUUUGUAGAAUACAAUAAGCAUUUUUUAGUAAUACUCAAAUUUUGAUACCUUUUUUUUACUGCUUGCCUUUUGCUAUUAAUUUAUUUUAAAUCAUUUGGAUACAAGGCCCUGAAAGGUGCUGGACUGAUGAUACAUUGUCACAGAUAAUACAAAAAGUUGGUAGUAGAGGUUACUUUGGGUAAUAUCCCCAAACUUGUGCGCUAAUUUUUUUAUACCUUCUGCACUAUAACCCAACACUAGUCCACUCUUGUGUGAACAUAGUAAGACGAUCCAGCAAAUUGUGUGUAUGCAGCCUGCUUCUAAAUGCAGGACUGUAUUGGGCCACUAAUUUAUUACUGGCAUUAGAAGUGGAAUAUAGCAGGGCCUUUUCAAUCCUGUUCUAAAACUAUACAGACAUGUUGGAAGCAGUUCCUCUUGAAUUUCAUUUUCCCUAUAUUAGGCUAAGACAAUGUGUCAGUGAAGCUGCACCCCAUCCAAAUCUGGGUUCCUCUGGGGGUGUUCAACUCACCCAGUCCUCAAAAAGCAGCACAUAAAUCAUAAUCUCUUACUGUUCUUCUCUUCCCUCCUUACAUGUGUUUUUAUGGGAAGUUUUAUGGUGGAUGUGAGUGCGCCGUAUAGCUCAUCUCCUUGAACUCUGGCAUUUUCUAUCCAAACAGAAUUGGAGAAAGUUAUCUGCUGCUCCCUGGGUGCUGGGAGCAAAGACUCAGCAUCUGGAAUUAUGUCUGAGACAGAAAAUAUUUUCCAUAUAGGAAAGGUUUUAUAGGAAAUGGAGCUGGCAGUGGUUGGAACACUAAGCUUCAGCUGCCAAAGAAACAGGAUGCUGCAGGAUUAUCAUGCCCAUCUAUGGUCUGUUUAUCAAGAGUUAUCACGUUUCUUCCUUACGGGCAGCAGCAAUAGCAGUGCCAAACCUUGGCAAGGAUGGGAGGAGGGGUUACCUGUCUUGGAACACUCCCCCUCUGGGGACAUUGCCCUCCCCACAAUAGUCUUGAGAGCCUAGGAUUUAGAAGUAUCACAAAGUUCCUUCCAUCAUUGCCUUCCCAACUGAAACUGGUCUCCCAAGUGCACAAUUUGUAGGUUAUCCUAUAGAACCCAGAGUUUACAUCUGCUUUAUAAACCACUUUAACUCUGGAGUAAGCCUACUGAAAUAAAGAUAAGUUUGUUUUAAUGCAAUUACCUUGUAGUGAAGUCAGUUGAGGAUGAUUGCUUACAAAAGCCAUUUAUAUGGUAUUUUAGUUUUAUUAGAACCAGACUUGGAGAAGAAAAACAAUUUGCUGCAUAUUUAUUCAGGUGGAAUGGCUUGAAAAGUUCGUAGCAAUGGUUGAACAGGAAGAGAGAGGAGCAUGGCUCAACAUGUAUGCACUGCAUGCUGAACUUCCUGGGUUCAGUCACUGGAAUCUCCAGCUACAAAGGUCACAGGAAAAAGUGAUGUGAAUGACCUCUCCUUAAGAAAUUUACUGCCAGAAAACUGAACUGAAAUGGACCAAUGGUCUGACUCUAUGUAAGGGAAGUUCAUUUGAACUUGAUUGGGUUACAGUAUAAAAGAAGGGAAUUCUCAAAAAGUCACUUUUUGAGGUGUUCUAAGCAGAUGGAUUUCUUAAAUGCUUCCUGUAGCUAAUGUUAGAAUUCCAGAUCUGCAGUAUGCAUCAUUUAAUUGUAAAUGUUGCUUCCUUGUUUUUCACUGUGCAAUAAAAAAAUAAAAUGAGAUUCUUUGUCA